CUCAAUCUGCUCUUCUGACAACUUUGAACUUAACUUUUUGUAAAUAAAAACAAAAAAAAGAAAAAUAUUCCAAAUUCUCGUCUGAUUUCAAAUAAUUCAAAACUUCAAAAUUAACUAAAGAAGUGCUAAUUUUCUGCUACAUAUUGCUCAACAAUCCAAGUGGUCAUGUCGAGCCAACUGUGCCUCCUGUGUUCACAAGUCUUCGCCAACGACGACGACACUAUUGCCAUAAAAUCCGUCAAAAAAAUCAAAAUCGAAACCCUCUUCAAACUAUUUCACCCUAAUUACGAACCUUCUCAUCAACCACAAUUUGAUAAUGAAGAGAUGUGCGACUUUUGCCAAGAUUGUUAUCCUCUCUUUAACACAAUAGAAGAAAUUAAGGGUCAAAUUAUAUUACUGGAGGAGGAAAUGGGAACUAAAGUUGAAAAAAUUCGGGCCAUUAUGUUUGACACUUCAUCUCAGUUAAAGAAUAAGAGAGGAGAGAAAUUUUCACAAAUUCGUAACAUAAUCCUCCGCGUGACAGGAGAAGAAGCAGAAGAAGAGACAGAACAACAAGAUGGCACAAAUUUUAUUAUACCGGACAAUGUGCAAGUCAAAAUGGAACGUGACGAAGUAGAUAAUGUCGAUCCUCUCGAUGACCAAUUCUUUGCUGGUGACGACUAUAAUCCCUUCUCUCAGCAAAAUGUCGUAAAAACGGAAGACAAGAAUUUUAAUGAAGACGACGACGCCGACUACCCACACCCCGGGCUACGUUCCCCCCGUGAUGCAUAAAUGUCCCCACUGCGAUAGAGAAUUUGAACAUUGGACCCUUCUGAAGAUUCAUAUUCAUAGGGAGAGCGGCCCUUCUCUUGUGACCAGUGCGGAAAAGCGUUCGAAGUUGUGGGCGUGCUAAACCAGCACUUGAAACGAGUCCAUGGCGUCGUUUUGGAGAAGAGCAAAGUUAAAGUGCCAAG